GAUUGUGAUAUUAUUUACCAGGAUUUAAAUAUUUUAAGAAAAUUUCAUAUUUUAAACAUAAUUUAUCAAGUACCGACAACCAACUUAAAGUAUUUAAAAUGAGUGGAAAAGAAGCAACUUCAGCUCCUGAGAAAAAGAAAAAGGAGAGUAUUUUAGAUUUAACAAGGUACUUAGAAAAAGCCAUAAGGGUUAAGUUUUCAGGAGGUCGAGAAGUAUCUGGUAUUUUAAAAGGAUUUGAUCCAUUAGUAAAUCUUGUAUUGGAUAAUACUUUAGAGUAUUUACGAGAUCCUGAUGAACCUAUGAAAUUAACGGAAGAUACAAGAACAUUAGGUUUAGUUGUUUGUCGAGGUACAUCAAUUGUACUAAUUUGUCCUGUUGAUGGUAUGGAAGCAAUUGCCAAUCCUUUUGUACAGCAAGACUAGAUGUUUAAAUUAUAUUUAAUGAUUAACUAAUAAUAAUUAUAUAGCUGGGUUUUUAUGAGCAUUUAUCAAAUGUCCAUAGGAAUGUAGCUUUUAAGGUUUUAUCAUUUUCCAUUAUGCAUUUCUAAAUUUACUUUUAUACAAUACAAAUAAAAAUUUCAAUAAAAGUUACAAAACAAUAAAUUUAAAUAUUUUAUUUCUGUAAAUUCAAUAUAAAUCUAUCUUUUAAAAUCAUGUUUUAUGAUUCAUUAAUCUUAAAACCUAAGAUUUAUUUUAUAUUAUGAAUAUCUUUUUAUUAACAACUCCAUUCAACUCCUUGUCUAAUAAUAUUAAUAAUAAUAAUAUUUAGUGUACAUACAAUGGAUCAUAAUUAUGUAUAAAGAAAUAAACAGUUUGUAUACCAAGAAGUUAUAUUUUAUUGCGAUGUAAUUUAAUCUGAAGAAGGUGCCACUAUUUUAUAUGCAACUAACAAUAUUAAUAGAAAAUAAUCUUUUGACAUACUU